AUGCGUAUCUACCUCCUCCCCAUCUCCACGCGCCGCACCCUAAUCUACUGCGAGCGUCUCUCCGUACACGAAGCCCGCCAAAAAUCUCUCGUCGACCGCGCCGUCGACAAAGCCUCCACCACCUGGACCAACUGGGAGCGCACCGACAAAGGCUGGAAGAAGUCCGUCACACAUUACGGCAGCAUCCUGCUAAACCGCAUCCCGUUCGAGGAAUGGGGGCUGAAGACGGUUCCGCCGCUGGCGAAGCGGAAGGGGGAUUUGAAGGGGGGUAGGAGACGGGUUGAGGUGCUGUAUCCCGGGGCGUUUUUGGAGGAGGGGCAUGCGCCGUGGAUUUUGGAGAGGAUUGCGACUGAGAGGCAGGGGUUGCACCGGGGGAAGAUGUGGUGGAGUUUUGGUGGGAUGCCGUUGGCUGCGCCGUUUGCCCUGAUUCCCAUAAUACCGAAUUUCCCAUUCUUCUACCUCGCGUUCCGUGCAUGGUCACAUUGGAGAGCUUGGUCUGGUUCCAAACACCUCGAGUUCCUCCUCAAGAACGACCUCCUGAAAUACCACCCAUCCCCCAUCCUUGACCAGAUGUAUACCGCCGGCCUCAUGCACAGAUCCCCCUUCAAAUCCCGCGCCGCACCCACCCCCACCCCCGAUCAAACUGCCAAGCUCGCCGACAACAUAGACGCUGAGAAGCAACCGGACGCCAAAGAAGUCAUGCUCCUCCGGCGCUGGAACGGGAAGCUCCUCGCCGACCAGCUGAAGCUUCCGAACAUGGAGGUAGAGAUCGAGCGGGCGGUUGACCAGGUGGAACGUGACAUCAAGGCGAAGGAGGUGGAGGAGGCGGAGGAUCCGAGGAGAAAAGGGGAAGCGAGGGCGGAGGCGAGAGAGGAGAAGAAUAGCCCGUCAUGA